CUGAGUAGCGCGUUGGUUCGUCUCGGCUCGGCUCCGUUCUCUCCCCCUGCCGCCGUGUGGCUCGGCACGGCUCGGAGCGCCCCUUUGCUCCGCUCGUCUCAGCACGAAGCAAAUAUCGAUCUGUAGUAGACCUAAAGUAAAGAGGUAUAAAAUGCCUGGUGGCCUAUAUGCUUAACUUUCCCUUUAAAAGUGUCGUCGAAUACUCGAGCGAAAAGCAUUCAAAUUCCCGAUCACAUGCACAUUUGCGAGGACGAAGGGAUCUUGAAGCCCUAUUAAAUACUUGACCUGUUGCCUCUUUGCUGUCAUCAUGCAAGGGGAGACGGAGGGGAACAAGUUCAUUCACAAUAUGUCUGAAAACUCAUCUGACAAUAGCGUCCACCACUCUUCACAGCAAAUAAGUAUGCCUGACAUGUCAAAUCAUAAAUCUACUGAGUCCUCACAUGUUAGCGCACAAGAACAUAUGAAUGGCAUGACUCAUGAAGCAUUGCAUAGCAUGUCUGUGCAAGAGCAUCUGCAUCAUUUAUCUUCUUCGCAAAAUCAGAGUGCAGUCUCUGAUAUUGCUGCCCCUGAAGUGCGAACACGCAUACGGUCGCAAGAGCCUGAGAUAGUAUUGCUUCAGUCAACUUUCACACAGACCCACCCAGUUGAUGAACUCAAAAAGCCCUGUCAAUCAGUUGCUGUUCAAACUCAAGGUAAUUCUGAGUUUGAACCUCAGGCAUACAGUGUUAUAACUGGUGAUGGAAGUGUGUCAUAUGAUAGUGAUGGAGUGCGAGUGCUACGUGCAAUUGGAACUUGGACUCCAAACUCUAACUACCAAAAUGCAGACCAAUUUGUCAAUCAAAAUUCUGAGGUCUACAUGAACGGAUCAGCAACUGAAUCAAGCCCGGAAAACUCUAUGAUUCAUCACUCAGUCAGUAGCUCGCCAAACAGUGCAGGGGCUGUGAAUUGCAUGACAUCAGUACAUUCUGAUGGGGAUGGCGAUCCAACAGGAGCAAACAAGCAGCUUGCCGGAGAUAAAAAUUCGUUUAUUUGUCCAGUGUGCAACAAAACCUUGGCUCGCAAAGAUAAGCUUGUCAUCCAUAUGAGGAUUCAUACAGGGGAAAAACCAUAUGUGUGUGAAGUUUGUGAGCGUGCAUUUGCAAGAAGAGACAAACUUGUGAUGCAUAUGAACAAAUUGAAGCAUGUCACACCGUCAAAUUUUGCUCCUCUCGGGAAAAGGCACAGCCAGCCUUGCCUUGGAUUACCCACCUUGCCUGAAAAACGACAAGAUAUGAAACUGGAGGCACAGGAAAUGGGAUCUCCAGCAUCUUCUGUCGACAUUCAACCAGCUUCUCUGGUUCAAGUGGUUCACGAACAACCUGCUAUGACUUGGAACUGUGAACUUUGUGGACGAAUUUGUGUGAGUCGAGAGGAGUGGACAGCACAUGCUCGGUCACAUUUAGAUGGUGGAAAUACCUUUGGUACUUCCUCUGUCAGUACAAGUCUAUCUGUUCUUACUCCCCUCUCUUCAUAUCAGUUCCCUGGAACAACAACUGACCGUCAAACAUGUGUUGUCUGCCGACAAGACUUCCUUAGUAAAACAGAUCUUAUUUUACAUCUCCGUAGUCAUUUUGUUGGUAAACCUGAACUUUUGGCAAAUCAUGUUGCUAGUCUCACAGAUUCCUCUGGUGUAUGUUAGUGAGGUAUGUCAUUCUAUGCAUCAAGCAUAGCAACAUUCCUCCAGCAGUCGAGUUAGCAUUGACUGAGUACAAAUUCUAUUCAAAUAGAAACAUCUAUUUUAUUUAAAAAGGAAAAAACUCUUGUACUGUAAUAUGUGAUUUUAUUUCUAAUUUUAUCAUUUUGGACCCAGCUCUGCUCUCUAAUAUUUAAAUGGUCAAUCUGUGUUUGUUAAUCAACAUUGAUUACUGCUUCUUAUGUUUGUUGAUUGUGCCAUACAUUAACUAGUCUUUUCAUAUCAUUGCUUGUCGCUCAACCCUCUAAUUUCUGCCUCAUUCUACCAUGUUUUAAUUUUAAGUUAGUAAGCAAUUUUUUACCCUUUGUAUUUUAUGUCAUAUGAACUGAACUAACACUGAUUUUUAGCUGUUAGUGAUCCCAUAGUUUUUACAUAUUUUUUGCUGUUUGUUCUUCAGUCUAGAUGAUGGUUUCGAGAGCACUGCUUUUAAUCUUGAUUAUGAAUGAUUUACUUGUAUUGUAGGUAGAAAUUCUAUCUACCAAGAGAUCAGAAAUUUUUAUGGCCAGAUCAUGGACUCAGAAAUUUAAAAUGCUGUUAUAGCUUUUUUAGUUACGCUCCUACAUCAAUUGAAUGUAACAGUAACAUUUGGCUUCUUAAGUCUCUGCAUGUUUUUAGUGAGUGGAAGCACAUUAAAAGUACAGUAAUAAAAUUAAUGUUCUUCUUUAGUAUUGUGGUGUAUUUGGAACGUGUCAGAAAUUUGCAGAUUUGUUAUUUUUUGGUACACUUUUAUUUUGUUACUUUGGCAUGUGAUCUCUUCAUUGUAAAAGUUUUAUCUUUGCCUCAAAGAUACUAGCAGAUAGUUGUAUUUUUAACUCUUAGAUUGUCAGAAGUAUCUUUCACGAUAUGAUUGAUCUAAGUAGAGAGGGGGGCCUGUGACAAACCUAACCACUUUUGUGUAAAACCAUUGUGUUUGCGGAAGUGGUAUUAAUUUUAUAUUUUCUGUAGGAUUUUAAUAUUAUUACCUCAUAGCCUAUGACUAAUUAAUUGAAUUAUUGUUUGUGUCUUAACAAAUCCAUCUUUCUGGUCUGUUAAAUUUCAAGAGUUUAUUCUAAUUUUAAUGGUUGGAGUCUCCAUUGUUCCACAACUAAUAAGUGUCUACUGAUUCAUUUUAAAAAAGUAAUUAAAACCAAAGCGCCAUUUAGGAUGAAAAUCUUUUUAAACUUUACUUUGUUAUUAUGAAGUUUGGUUUUAUCCAUCCUAAUUGAAACCUACACUACAGUAUAUUUGAUAUUUUUGUCAGCACUUCACACUCUAACACUUCCUUAAGAAUCAUUUUUCAUUGUUAUUGACGUGGUAUUGAUGUUUCUGAUAUUGUGCUUGGUAUCAGGUGUUCUUGAGUUUUACAGUAUGUACUCAUAUUUUUAUGAAAUAUCAUCAGUUAAUUUGCAACUUUUACCUGAUGUAAUUAUUCAACCAGAUCUAAAUGCAUAUGGCUGAUAGUCCACAGCUAUAAAGUAGAGUAGUAUUGCUCAGCCCGGAUAGCCUGUAGUGGUCCAGGCCAAUGUAUCAGUAUCACAUAAAUAAUGUACCUUAGAGCAUUGCUAUGAAUGCAAACCACUGAACAAGUUAAAAAUUGAGACACUACUAAUUUGACCAUUAAACCUAGAUGAAAAAUACUUAGACUGUACUAAAUGUAAUAGUGGUGUCUUGUAUAGUUUUUAUUGUAACUGUAGCCUAUGUAAAAUGUAUGUAUUGUUUUUUUUACUGCUACAUUUUUCUAUUGUCAUCUGCAAUUCAUUUCUUAGCCCUGUUAUGUUUGUGAUGCUUGUUCUCCUGUACAUGUAUAUUAUAGAACAAUUCUUCGUUAUAGUAGUCCGUUCCUGGAAUCCCUUUUGCUUCAAAUAGGGUUUUUACACAGCACAGCUUAUCCGGUACAGUAUAUUGCUCAGAUUUAUUGAUCAGAAUGAUCGCUACUUUGAAGACUGUUGUAAUUUGGAGGUAAACCUCCUAUACAUCAAAUGAAAAUAUUUCUCCCUUGCUGAAAACUGUUAGGCUGACAAUGUCACUUUCUAUAUAUGUUUUAAUUAUUAAGUACAUGACUCCUUGGUUAUUGAAGUAGGUAUGUAUGAAUAGGGAACACCCUUGUUCUGUACCCCCCAUGACAGUAGAGGAAUGUACAAAUUGUGCAAUCAAUUAUUAUUUAUGAAUUAAAGUAAAUAGUGCAGAAA